CAUUCCCUUCUCUAAAAAUUCUAGUAGUCAUCACUGACAAUCUCUAUCCAAAGCAUUAUCUCACAGAGAAAUUUAUAGAAACGCUUUUUUCUUUUUUUUUGUUUGUUUUGUUUUUCAAACAAAAUCCAUGGACUUCUUCACAGCCUCACCUUCUAAAUCAAACAACUCACCAUCAUCUUCAUCAAAAACCAAAAGAAAGCAACAACAGCAACAAACCCAGCAACCACAAACCCAGCAGGAGACUAGGUUUCUUGGAGUGAGGAGAAGGCCGUGGGGCAGAUAUGCGGCUGAGAUACGAGACCCUUCGACCAAAGAGAGGCAUUGGCUCGGAACCUUCGAUACGGCGGAGGAGGCCGCCUUGGCCUACGACCGAGCCGCUCGCUCCAUGCGCGGUUCCAAGGCUCGAACCAACUUUGUCUAUUCAGACAUGCCACAUGGCUCGUCUGUCACCUCAAUUAUCUCACCCGACGAAUCGCAACGCGACAUGUCAGCGUUCUUCACUACCCCACUUCCCCAAACCCACUCCCAGUCUCAAACACACACCCAGCAGCCCAUAUUCACUCAUCAGGACCCAUUUGAUGCCUACACAGUCUCUGGGGGUUCAUCAACAGAGUUCGGAAGCGGGUCUUAUGGGCCCAUUUCCGGCGUUGUUGCUGAUGAAUCCGGGUAUCAGUCUCAAUCUCACACUCAUGAGCUACCUCCUUUGCCUCCUUGUGUCUCCUCCUCCACUUGUUAUGAGCCUGAAGGCAUUAUGAGCUCGGACGGAGUUUGGAAUGAGUCGGGCUUUUACGGGUUUUCACAGCCCACGACGAACAAUGGGCUGGACUCAUUGGUGAGUGGGUCCUAUGUGGGCUUUGACUCGAACGAGUUUGUGCAGCACAGCCCAUUGUUUGGGAGCAUGCCACCUGUCUCGGAUGCGGGUAUUGAUGGGUUUGAUUUGGGUUCAUCCUCUGCCUAUUUCUACUGACUUGGUUUAGUAAAUCCAUCUGAUCUUAAAGUGUGGUUUUUUUUUCCCUUUUUUUUUGAUCAACUUGUUUUGUUUUGUGAUGGGCCAAAAGUAAGGGUGCCUUGAUGAAAUUGUAAUGGCUAUGCUCUUUAUAUUGCAAGAAUUUGAGCUUCUUGGAGAGUUUAAAUGUUCAAAUGGUUUGACAUGGUUUAGUUAGUCUGGUGAAUUAUUUUUUUGUAUGGAGAAAUUUUGGUGCACGACGGACUGACAGAGCACAUGACCGUGCAGCCACACAAACAAAACGGAACCAUUUUUUUUUCUCAAACUGUAGCUUGCCCUGAUCCCACUAUGUAGAAAGAAGGCAGUAUAUAUGUGGCCGAUCACACACACAAGACCACCUCCCUUGCAUGGAGCGGUUAAGCGUGCAUAAGACGUUUAACACUAAAAAGGAGUUCAAAUCUUCUAUGGCUUCUCUGUGAUCUAUCUUAUUUGUUGACACUUGGCUAUUCAUUUGAACCCCACUUAACAAUGCU